AUGGGAGCUGAAGAAGAAAUGCUCAUCACACUGUCUGGAGGUGCCCCCUGGGGCUUCCGGCUGCAAGGGGGUUCAGAGCAGAAAAGACCCCUUCAAGUGUCAAAGAUCAGAAAGAGAAGUAAAGCGUGCCGUGGAGGCCUGUGGGAAAAUGAUGUGCUAGUAUCUAUCAAUGGGAAGUCAUGUGCUGGCCUCUCCCAUGCUACUGCCAUGCAGAUCAUCGAUUCCUCCAAUGGCAUGCUCAACAUCCGUGUGAAAAGGAUAGUUGGUGGGGACCAGACUGGCCCAUGGCUCCAGCGAUCCCCUUCUCCAGGGCAGCGAGUGCUCUCCCCACCAUCCCCACUCAGCCCAGCAGCACAGCUACUCAGCUCUGAACCAGCAGGAGCCCCAUCCACUGCACAGCCCUCACAGCAACGAAGGUCACAGAGGCAUCUGGAGAGCCUCACCUCCCCGCCAGACAGUGAAGCCUACUAUGGCGAGACAGACAGUGAUGCUGACAACGUGGCCCAGGAGAAGCACCGCCGGGCUCGCAAGAAAAGCCCACGCUCCCCACCUGACAGCAUCAACAGCAAGGCGGAUGUGCCUCAGGAUGAGGUGUCCCUGUCCGAACAGAGUGGCUAUGAGAGCAUGCCAGAGGUUGCUGCACAGGGAGCCAAGGUGGCCAGCUCUGGUGGAGUGGCUAAGAGGGAGAUCAUCUGCCUGCCUGGCAGCCGCACAGACACUCCAUUCUCUGAGAACGAGGGACAGCUGCAGCCACCAUCAACAGAGGGACGGGAGCCUUCUCCAGAGGCGAUGCUUCUGCCCCAUGCCACCAAGGCUAUCUUAGCAGAACGCCAUCUCAUCCCCAUGGUGGGGCCAGUGGAGCACCCAAUUGAUGAAGACCUAACUACUUCGUACACAGAGAAAGCCAAGCAGGCCAAGCUCCACCGCCAUGAGAGCAUCCAAGAGAAGAAUGUAAAAGAAGCCAAAACCAAGUGCAGAACCAUUGCAUCCCUGCUGACAGAUGCACCCAACCCCCACUCCAAGGGGGUGCUGAUGUUCAAGAAGCGCAGGCAGAGGGCUAAGAAGUAUACAUUGGUAAGCUUUGGGAGUGUUGACGAAGACCGCUCCUACGAGGAAGAAGACGGAGUUUUUCCAACUAGUGAGUCUGAAUUUGAUGAGGAAGGUUUCUCUGAUGCGCGAAGCCUAACUAAUCACUCAGACUGUGACAACAUUUACCUGGAUAUUGAAAAGUCCAAGUCUGACUCUGAACAGAAGGAGGAGAAGCAAAAAGGUUUGAGUGAGGCCUCAGGUAAAGGAGCACGAUUAUUUGAGCAGCAGAGGGAACGGGCUGGGAAGUACACAGUUGAGAAAGUCUCAGUGCAGAAGAGCCCUCAGCUUGCUCCAGCUGCCCAGCCACAGCAGAAUUCAGUGAAUGGAGAUAUGCCUGUGCCACAGAAGGCAAGCAGUGUGCCACUCAGCAUCCACCUGGAGGGUGUGCAAGUGUCCAGCAAGCAGACAGCCAACCUCCCCACUCAGCUCCUGGCUGCCCCUAGCCUCACUUCCUUUCCACCUCCCCCAGGCAACCCUGACCACUUCUCUGCAAGCUCAACAAGCAUGUUCAACAGGGCUGCACGGCCCUUUACUCCCGGUUUCUCUGGCCAACGUCCAGCAACAUCCUCUGUCAUCUUUAGGCCAUCUGCACCCAAAAAACCUAGUGAAAGUCUGGGUGGGCAAAGCACAAUGGCUCCCCCUUCCUCACCUCUGGCUCCAGGAACACCUGCCAACGCAGCAGUGCCAACACACCGCGGUCCAGUCAGCUCUUCCACAUCUCUGUAUAUUCCUGCACCAGGAAGGCCAACACCACUGCUGGACUCACAACCAAGAGGGGGAGAAAGUGCUCCAGAGACUAAGCCUUCUGCCAACACUGCCCGCACAUCCACCACCUCUAUCUUUCUGUCAGCUCCCUCAAAACCAGGAGGAGAUGUGGCCUCCACAGCACAAGUCCCUGGAACAGCCUCUUCUUCUUUAUAUAUUAAUCCAAUACCAUCACAGCACAUGAUAAGUUCCCCCACACCAAAGCAACCUUCUCCUGCUGUCUCACCAGCAAUGCCACGACCUCCUUCUGAGCCCUUAACUUCCAGGGAGCAGAGGAUUGCUGUGCCAGCUCCCCGCACAGGCAUUCUGCAGGAGGCUCGCCGGCGGGGCAACAAGAAACCCAUGUUCAGUAAGAUUGAGGAGAAGAAAAAGAAUUCACCCAACCCUGAGCUCCUGUCUCUGGUGCAAAACCUGGAUGAGAAGCCAAAAGGUGACCACCCUGCGGCAGGCUUUGAGUCUGGGCCUGAGGAAGAUUUCCUCAGCCUGGGUGCCGAGGCUUGCAACUUUAUGCAGUCCUCUGGACGCAAGUUCAAGACCCCACCUCCAGUGGCUCCUAAGCCUCAGCAGCAAGAUGCUGGACUGGUAAAUGGGGCCCAAGACAUGCCUCGGCUUAAAGGCAAGGGGGGAGAGCUCUUUGCCAAGCGCCAGAGCCGCAUGGACAAGUUUGUGGUGGAGACAACACCAAAGCCAGAGUCCAAGCCCAGGACCCCUUCUCCUUCCCCUUCUUUACCCUCGUCCUGGAAAUAUUCACCCAAUAUCCGGGCUCCCCCUCCCAUAGCUUACAACCCAAUGCAUUCCCCCUUCUAUCCCCUGGCAGCCAGCAAAUCUCAGGCUAGCAAAGCAGAGAGCAAAGUGAAAAAGGCACCUGGCCAGAAAUCAGGGAUUAAGGUCAUCGAUUUAAUGCGGCACCAGCCCUAUCAAUUAAAGUCAGCCAUGUUCUGUUUCGGAGAUCCCCCAAGCCCUAGCAUUCAGGAUUCUUCUAGGCAGACAGCCCCACAGGCUAGCUCCUUCAUGGCAGCCAAGCAGGUCCCUGUGAAAACAGCCAAAACCCAGGAGAUUCGUCGCUUCUCCACUCCAGCUCCCAUGCCAGCGUCCACCAGCCUGGCACCCACUGUGCUUGUGCCCCGCUCAGCCACCACAUUGGAUGAGCCAGUGUGGAGAACAGAAAUGGCCUCUUCUGUGCCUGCUACACCAGCGACCUUUCAGGUGGAGCUCAGCCAGUCCCCCAAGCCAUACCAGGGCUCCCCAGAGACUGGGCAGGUGGGUCAGGGGCCUUCCCCAAACCCAGCCUCGGCCUCUCGGUUUCAGGUGGCCAGGCCUAAAUUUUCAGCAGCAAGAACAGGGAUGCAGGCCAAUGUGUGGAGGCCAAGCUUUGGCCACCACUGA